ACGUUUUCCGCGACUCGCUGCUAAAGGACACCGCAGAUGGUACACUACUAAUAGCAUCUCACUAAAUAAUGUGCAGUUGUAGAAGUGGUAUCAUAUUAUGGUGCAGCAGACUAGAAGGAGUUAAUAUUUGAUAUUGUCGACACGCUUAGCUGAUGUGCGCGUUGACAUCAUCCUUGUACUCCGGCUUCUCUUCCAAUCCCCGCUUUGUGGAUCACUUCAGCUUCAGGACCAUUUCUUACAUCCCCACAACGUAAGCAGUAGAAGAGGGACAGUGUACCCGACCGCAUCAUCACAGAUAAACACCAGACAGGAGAGGACAAGAAAUCCACCCGACACAUAGGCGAUCGUGCAGACGGCAGGCAUUUAUAUAUAUAUAUAUAUAUAUAUAUAUAUACAUCUAAAAAAAAAAAAACAACAACGUAGCGAAAGGAGUGUUUGUUGACAGGUAUGGAGAGCCUGUUGGAUAAUCCUAUGAAAGCCGUCCUCUAUCUGAAAGAACUAACCACCAUCGUGCAAAACCAACAGAGUUUGAUUCAGACUCAGCGGCAGAGGAUAGACGAGCUUGAGAGGAAGGUAGAAGAGCUGAUCGGUGAGAACCGACAGCUGAAGGACCCGCACCAGCAGCAUCACUACCACCACCACCACCACCAUCACCCUUCCGCGCGCAGUCCCAGCCCGCAACCGCCCGUCCUCGUCCAUCAGCACCCGGUGAAUAAAGCGGCGACCCUUCCGGGGCACGGUCAGCCUGCACAGAAGGUCCAGUCCCUGCCGACACUGCCGCCACCUCCACAUCCGCAUCCCCCGCCGCCUCACCAGCAGCAGCAGCUACAACUUGUGCCUACGUCCCCUCCAUCUCCGCAGCCGGGCCAGCCGAGCCCCGAGUCUGCAGAGGAAGGCAAGAAAAGCCCGUGCUGCAAGUCUCUGGUCCCCCAGACACCCACGACACUUUGCAGGUCGGUGGGAAUCGCAAGGAAAACCGAGAACCAGACAGUCCUCCACCAGUUCUGCUGCCCAGCCCCCGAUGCUCCGGAGGGAGAGGUCUCCAGCGUUCCCACAAGCGACUCCCACCCGCCGAGCUCUGCCCCAGGGGAGGCAGGGCAGCACGAGGGCAAGGGGGAGGCGCAGGAUGGCACUGGUGCCACGCCCGGCGGAGCGGAGGAGGAGGAGGGCACGGGGGCCCGGGGGGGCGCGGGGCAGAAAGCCAGCCUGCACCACACCGCCUCUCCCAUGAGAGUGCAGCGGAGCAAAGGGGCCGGCGCCUGCUCACACUCUUCCGCUUCUGACUACGAGCUCUCGCUCGACCUCAAAAACAAGCAGAUCGAAAUGUUAGAGCACAAAUACGGAGGCCACCUGAUCUCACGCCGGGCCGCCUGCAAAAUCCAGACCGCCUUCCGCCAGUACCAGCUCAGCAAGAACUUCGAGAAGAUCCGCAACUCUUUGCUGGAGAGCCGCCUUCCACGGCGCAUCUCCAUGCACAAGGUACGCGUGCAGAACGCCGAAGGCUUCUCUGCCGAGAAGGCCCUGGUGGAGGGCUACAACUUUGUGGGCAUCCCCCUGGUUCGCUCCCCCUCGCUGCCCACCACCGUCAGUGGCACCCUGACCGACCUGGAGGACUCCUUCACUGAGCAGGUGCAGUCCCUGGCCAAGUCCAUAGAUGAGGCCCUCAGCAACUGGAGCUUGAAGACUAUGUGCUCUCUGCAGGAUGGAGGCACCUAUAAGUUCAAAGAGACCUUCAGUACAGGUGCCCCAGGGGUUGGCAGCGGGGAACUGGGGCUAGGGGCUGAACAUUGUGCCCUGCAGGAAAGCAUUCUAGGGGAGAACCCAGAGAACCUGCCCCGCAGCGCGAGUAAGCUCAUGAUGGCCUUUCGUGAUGUGACAGUGCAGAUCGACAACCAGAACUUCCACAUGUCCUCCUCUGUUAUGGAGUCCACCUCUGUAUCCCUCGCUAACUGUCUCCAGCAGGGAGGCACUGUGCACCCUAAAGAAGCCCUGGAAGGAGAACAGGAGACCCCUGACGAUGGGGGGCUCCCGGGCUCCGACGUGGUUGAUGAUGAGUUCCCUGACCCUCCUCCGAUUGACGAAGAGGUGUGUGAGGAAGAGCAGCUGGAUGUGAAAGAACUCGAAACUGCAAAUGUGGAGGCAGAGGUUGUGGUGGAGGCUGAGGAGGAGGUCACAGAAGAGAUAGAGAGGGAGCCCAGGACGGAGACACUGGAGGCCCAGCGCACGGAGUCUGAGACGGCUGACAACAGCUCCGAGCAGAUGAGCAGCAGCAGCACCUCCACCUCAGCUAAGUCAGCCUCCGAGGUCUCCUCCAAGGAGGCCCUACAGGCCAUGAUCCUCAGCCUUCCCCGUUACCACUGCGAGAACCCGGCCAGUUGCAAGUCCCCCACCCUCUCCACCGAUGUCAUGCGCAAACGCCUCUACAGGAUCGGCCUCAACCUCUUCAACGUGAAUCCCGACAAAGGAAUCCAGUUCCUCAUCUCCAGAGGCUUCAUCCCCGACACACCCAUAGGUGUGGCCCACUUCCUGCUGCAGCGGAAGGGCCUCAGCAGGCAGAUGAUCGGUGAAUUCCUGGGCAACAGCAAGAAACAGUUCAACCGAGACGUCCUGGACUGCGUGGUGGAUGAGAUGGACUUCUCUGGGAUGGAGCUGGAUGAGGCCCUGAGGAAGUUCCAGGCUCACAUCCGGGUGCAAGGGGAAGCGCAGAAAGUGGAGCGACUCAUCGAGGCCUUCAGCCAGCGCUACUGUAUGUGCAACCCAGAUGUGGUGCAACAGUUCCACAACCCGGACACCAUCUUCAUCCUGGCCUUCGCCAUCAUUCUUCUCAACACCGACAUGUACAGCCCCAACAUCAAGCCCGACCGCAAGAUGAUGCUGGAGGACUUCAUCCGCAACCUGAGGGGAGUGGACGACGGUGCGGACAUCCCCCGUGACAUGGUGGUGGGCAUCUAUGAACGCAUUCAGCAGAGGGAGCUGCGUUCCAAUGAGGACCACGUCACCUAUGUCACCAAGGUGGAACAGUCCAUCGUGGGGAUGAAGACCGUGCUCUCUGUCCCCCACAGAAGACUUGUAUGCUGCAGCCGCCUCUUUGAGGUCUCCGACGUGAACAAGGCACAGAAGCAGGCAGCCCACCAAAGGGAGGUCUUCCUAUUCAACGACCUCAUUGUGAUCCUGAAGCUGUGUCCCAAGAAGAAGACGUCUGCGACCUACACCUUCUGCAAAGCCAUGGGGCUUCUGGGAAUGCAGUUCCACCUCUUUGAGAAUGAAUAUUACCCCCAUGGGAUCACCAUCGUGUCACCUUACUCCGGCUCGGAGAAGAAACAAGUGCUGAACUUCUGCGCCCAGAGUGCCGAGGAGCUGCUGAAGUUUGUGGAGGACCUGAAGGAGUCCAUCGCCGAGGUGUCGGAGAUGGAGCAGAUACGCAUAGAGUGGGAGCUGGAGAAGCAGCAAGGGGCCAAGACGCACCCAGUGAAGAGCAACGGCACUCAGCAGGAGAUGGGCGGGAAGCAGGGUUCUCCCACAGACAAACAGGAGCUUGACGCAAAGGCUGGGAACAACACAUCUGAGGUGUCAAUUCACAACAGGCUUCAAACGUACCAGCUCAGUGCGUCCCGGAGCCCAGAGAGUGGAUCCCGCCUGGGCGCCCGUCUUAACCACCAAGGGGAGCUAUGCUACCCGCAGCUCCAGCCGGGUGUGGCGACGUCGGCCCACUGGCCCGCCGUCGCCGACCUGAACCCGGAGACACUCAUCCAGUGCCAGCAGAUCGUCAAGGUGAUCGUCCUGGACAAGGGCGGACGGGGCCACAUGGAGGCCUUCCUCAGCCAGACCCCGACGCACCAGCUUAUCCAGUCUGCCGUCUCCACCCCCGUGAGGUCGCCGGAGGGUGGCAGUCAGGGGACGCCCUCCAAGAACGUCUCCCAGCCUCCCCUGCCACCACCACCGCCACCCUACAACCACCCCCAUCAGUUCUGCCCCCCUGACCUCGUGCUUGGCAGACGGAGGCACUCAAGUGGCACGCGCAGUCUCGUGUAAAUAUGCCUCCAUGAAAUAUACCAUUAUCUUUUAUAGACAAGGCACAUAUAUUAUAUAAAAUAUAUAUGUAAAUAUGCAAAGAAAAAAAAAAACAAUGCUAUAUUUAAGAUAAUUAAAAAUUAGUACAGAAAAUGUGAAAUCACUUUCACUUCUUUUCACUAUAGUUCUCCUUACAUGUACUCAAAAGUGAAGUAGUUUUAAUAAAUUUGUAUUUACAGAUCGCCAAUUUACUCUAUAACUUAGGAUAUUUUGCUUCCCCACUACUCUGUCUUUCCCAAAUGGAUUCAAAUACUUCGCCGUUCAGUUGUCCUGAGAAAACAGCUCAUGGAUAUAACAAAGGAGCUGUUCCUUUUGCAGAGUCUUCAGCCAGCUCACUAUCUUGGACAAAGUUCUCUAGACUCUAUACCAGUUUCGUCUACUUCUCCUAAGAUUUUAAUUGUGAUGUGUGUACAUGUGACGGAUGGGAACCGUGUGCCGAAACCAGGCCGACUCUGUUAUGAACUUUGCAGGGCUAGAAACCUAUUUCACUUUCUGUGACGUGAUAAGCUUAUAAAGGUUUCGUCUAAGGUCCCCUACGACUACAAUGAUGAGUAAGAGAAAAAUGCAACCAGCACCUACAUUUUUAAAUGGUCAUUUAAGAAGGACUUGAGGCCAAUGUGUUUGUCCCUAUAAUGUCAUGUGAUGUGGUUUUCGCUGUUUAGUUUUCACACCAUAGACUACAUGUGUCAUUUUUACGUCUUUGCAAAGAUGACGAAAUGUUAGCAGUAAAUGAAAACUCACAGCCAAAUUAAAGCCUGUCAAUACAAAGAAGCACUAUUAAAAAUGUCCAUCGCUCUAUAGCUCAGGAAUUAUACUGUAGGUGUACUUGAUACAGGGGAGGAUUUCCUCGCCAUGUUAUAAGUGUCUGGACGCAUUUGUGGGCUCAUGCUCCUCUUACAGACACUAACCUUAUAGGUGAUUAAAGCCCUAUAGAGUUAUUUAUUUAUUUACAUUUGUUCCAUUCUGCAUUUCAGUCACUAAAUGUUCCCAAUCAUGGUGUGUCCUGUUACUCCUGUUACGUAACUGGUAGAAAAACUAAUUUUUUUUGUCACCAAAUUUUUUUUUGAUGAAUAAUUCAGAAAAGCUGAUAGUUGGAGAAAGCACCAAACUAAAAAUCUACUGUCUCUUUGGGUUUGGCUGGUAUUCAGUGGUUUAAAGCGUUUUAAAUGUGUAGAUCUCUUUGUAUUUGUGUUACAGUUUUAAUUUGUAUUUCUGGCUGUGUUUUUCUGUGUAAAGAGGAUAUUUAAAGCUGUGUUGUGUGUGUUACAUGUUAAUGAUUAUUAUUUUUGUGGGAAAGAGAAGGACAGUUCAAGGGGUGAUGUUGCUAAAAGAUGUUUAGUUCAUCUUGAUGUAGGAUAAAGCCCACAGUGUUUGUGUGUGUUUGGUUGCAAAACCUUCUUAUUUGUUUACCCAGUCGCCAUGUCCAAAUGCACCCAGAAGACUCGCAGACGAAAUUUCAAAUCAUUCCCUAAACACACACUGUGUUUGCCCUUCACGUUUUCUUUUAUAACAUACCGUAUUUGAUUUAGGUUUUGACAUAUCCUCAUCAUAAUCAACUGCCAUGAUGCACAGGUUUAAAAAAACGUAUGACGUACAAUAUUGCAGAGGUAUAAUAGGCAUAACAGACAAAUAUCAUCACAUAUCUUUUCUCCAAGGAAUUGUCUUAAUAACGCAGUCGCGAAUCCAUGCCCUUUGAUUAGUGUCAUUACAUCUAUCGAUGCGUCAUUGAUUAAGUCGCACAGCACCACGUUUAUCAAAGAUGUGCCUCAGACGUUUUCUCAGGGGAUUGUAGGACACCAGUCAUUGGUCAUUUUCUCAUGUCAUUGCUGCUGUAUGGAACUUUCCUUCCACAUGGUUCUGCAUCCUUAUCUGCUUAUAUUAGACAUUAUUGUCGUACAUGCAUAAGCAUUAAAACUUUUCUCAGUAUUCAUCUAUACAGUCUUGACCAUUUCCUAAGUCCAUCCAGUAUUGUGGGUUAUGUUAGCCAGUGCAGCGUUGCAGUAGUCUGUUAUGAUAUUAGAUGCUCUCCGAAUUGGCCUAAUUGUGCCUCUAGCUUCACAGCCUUUCCAUUAUUGUAAAUGUGACUCCUCCUUGCGUCCCUUGCAUUUUCCUCGCCAAUUACUCCCUGUUGCGAACCAUAAAACGAUGCCUUGGCUCAGCAGUCCUUCAGCUGCGUCCCUUGUAAUGCAGAAGUACUGAAAUAGUCAGUCCACUUCUUGUUGCAGUUCAUAAUGAUGGCGUGGCAAUACCCCAUCCAUUUUUAAUCACACAGAACAUUUCCAUUUCAUCCCAGAUCAUUAUCAUUGGGUGUCUGGAUCUAUUUGUUGAGCGUAAGUGGAAAAGACCUGUAGGAUUUUCCUUCCUGAAAUUUCUCCCCUGCAUGAGUGAAGACUUCUGUUGUCGUGACACAUUGAGAAGAAGCAUAAUUUUAAUUUUGUGACAUGAAAGGGUAAUAAUGAUAAGAUUACAAUUUUUGUUGAAUUCAUUUUGUUGGAAUAAUUUAUGAGUGCAAAGUGAUGAUAAGGAUGUAAUUAUUCAACCAGCACCACAAUGAGGGGACACUAUUGUCACUAUAAUGGCUUUAAAUGCACAUAAUGUACCGGUACUUGAGUGAAAAGUGAAGUAUGUAUCUAAAACAUUGAAAGUCACAGCAAUAUUCUCCUUAGAAUACCUGAACUGAACUAAAAAGCAGGACUAAUUUAAUCUUUUAUUAUUUAUUUAUUUUAAAUAAAUUAAUUUCUUUUUAAUUUCAUAUGGGGCCUCUGUUAACUUAUGCUAUGUAUGUUAUUUAGUAAUUAAUAUAAUAUUAGUUUCAUAGUCAUUACGUCAUUGUGUUGCUGUCCUUUGAGACUUUUAUGAAGCAAACUGUGAAUGAUGAAUUUCCGUUUCGUUCGGCGAACACGAAUGUGUUUCCCUUUUCUGUGUCCACGUGCACCCAGCCACAGAGUCGACCGCACUCACGCAUUCGGACCGGACUGUUCGUCCGACUGCUGUUUUUCCUGCGUACGGAGCUCAUGUGACUCAAAAGUGCUUACAGCGGGGGCCGCGGUUACAGUAACGAAAAUAUGAGCAAAAACAGCAAAGGUAUAACAAGAGUUUUAAAUGCUACUUAUACAGUAUAUGCCAUACACUGUGAUUAACAAACUUUGUAAUAGAUAUUUUAACGAACAAGUGUACAUAAUAGUAUUGGAAUCAGUACUUCAACGCAUUGCUAAAAGACUUAUAAAACUAUAAACAGUGAAAAUACUAUUUAAAGACUGCUUUUAUGUAUGUUGAUAUUGUAUUGAGAUUUGCAUUAGGUCAGUUGCUUGUCCAUUUCGAAAACAUAAAUUUGCCCUUGCAAUGCAACGCAGUGCUUGAAUGUAAAUUUUAGACUCCCGUGCAUUGAUUUAAUCAUGUUUAGGCAUAUAUUUAAAAAUUAAAAUUAAUAAAAUUGUGCAUUUUCACAGAGCUCGCACAAACCCUUCCUUCGCAUACAUAUGCAGACAACACAUUCUUGGAUGUUUUCAAAAAAAAAGUAAACAGUAAACAUUGAUGGACAAUAUUAGAUUGUCACACGGUCUCUGUUUUUUAUUUAUUUGUUUUUUGUUUAUUGUUAUGCUGCAGUCAGUAUUUUACAGCAUUUGCACUCUGUUCUGAAGGCAAGAGGAGGAUGGACACUAUUGUGAGAGCUUGUUGUGUAGAAUGAACAUUAUGGGGUUUCUGAGCCAUGGGACAGCAGCACCGAAACUCACAAGUCCGCUAAAAACCGCGACGCAUGAAAAUGUCACCACAUACGAGUACCGGCGUCGCUGGAAUCCUGAGAGCGCAGUCAGUUCUGACCUUUGAACCUAGAAAGGUCCCACCCCAUCUGUCGCUGGAUGUUUGCCAUGGCAAUGCUUCUGCUUCUUGCCCUCUCUCUGUAACGGAUCUGUCUUCUCCCCCUCUCCCUCUGGACUUCAGUGUUAUGAACCCCGUCCACACCGCCAUCUAGGACAACGCACGUGUGUGUCUGUGUAUGCGUGCUCACGAGAGUGCGACAGGGGGAACCUGACCGAGGAACGAAAGUUGGAGGAUGAUUGCACGUUGCCGGGUAGGACCACAGCAGCCAGAUGGAAGGGAAACAAUAAGCAAAUCCAUUAUAAUAAACGCAUAUGGCUUGCCGAUUGUUUCUGGGUUCCUUCUUAAUGCACUGCUUCAUUCCGUGCCCGUUUAUGUUCUGCUUUGCUUUGAAACUGUUAGCAAGAAAAGCUUCCUCUAUAUGAAAGGAAAAAAGAAAGAAAAUCGGUGGGGUAUGUCUUAUGAAUAAAAAUAAAAGAG